CAUAUUCUUCGCCAAUUCACAACAACACAUCAUUGCUUGCUCCCGCCUAUUUAUACCCCAAUUGCGACACCGCCGAGCUCUAAGAGCUCGCGCUGAGGCGGAGGCGGAGACCGAACUUCCCCGACUCCUCUCCGCCGCCAUUAAUGGACGCCCCGCUCCUCCGCGAGAAGGCGCGCGUCGCCGCCGAAGAGGAGGCGAGGAAGGGGGAGGGAGACGAUGCUGCGGCGGAGGUGGGGAGGGUUUGGGACGCCUACAAGGUGUUCGCGGGCGAGUCGAAGAGGCUCUGGGCGAUCGCGGCGCCCAUCAUCUUCAACAUAUUCUGCUUGUACGGCACGAACUCGACGACGCAGAUCUUCAUGGGGCGUCUUGGCAAUCUCCAGCUCUCGGCCGUGGCCAUCGGCCUCUCCGUCGUCUCCCACUUCUCCUUCGGAUUCCUCCUGGGAAUGGGGAGUGCACUGGAGACUCUAUGCGGGCAAGCCUACGGCGCCGGCAAGGUCGCGCCGCUCGGCCUCUACAUGCAACGUUCAUGGAUCAUCCUCCUCGCCUCCGCUUUCCUCCUCUCCCCGCUCUACGUCUUCGCCACACCAAUCUUAAAGCUCCUCGGCCAAGACCACGCGAUCGCCGUCGAGGCCGGCAAGUUCACAGCAAUGAUCAUCCCCGAGAUGUUUGCAUUUGCUAUCAACUUCCCCACCCAGAAGUUCCUCCAGGCUCAGAGCAAGGUCAUGGUCCUGGCUUGGAUUAGCUUUGUGGCUCUUAUUGUUCAUGUUGGGCUAUUGGGCCUGCUUAUCUACGUGCUCGAUACGGGCCUUGCGGGGGCGGCGGCGGCCUGUAACGUUUCGGCCUGGUUGGUCUCUUUGGGCCAGGUUGGGUAUAUUGUGGGCUGGUGCAAGGAUGGGUGGGCAGGGCUUUCGUGGGCCGCGUUCAAGGAUUUAUGGGCUUUCGCGAAGCUAUCGCUCGCUUCUGCGGUGAUGCUCUGCCUCGAGAUUUGGUACAUGAUGGUCCUGGUGGUGCUCACCGGUCACCUUGAUAAUGCAGAGAUUGCCGUUGAUUCCAUUUCUAUCUGCAUGAACAUAAAUGGUUGGGAAGCAAUGCUGUUUAUAGGACUCAAUGCAGCUAUAAGCGUUCGAGUGUCCAAUGAGCUAGGAGCUGGUCGGCCGAGGGCCGCCAAACAUGCCGUCGCUGUGGUCGUUGCACAAUCACUGGUGAUCGGAUUCAUCGCAAUGGCCGUUAUAUUGGCAUCUAGGAACCAUUUCGCCAUCGUAUUUACUAGUGACAGAGAGCUACAAAAAGCAGUUGCUGAUGUAGCUUACCUUCUGGCAGUCACAAUGGUGCUCAACAGCAUUCAGCCUGUGAUUUCAGGAGUUGCUAUUGGAGGUGGGUGGCAGGCCCUAGUUGCAUACAUUAAUCUCUGUUGCUAUUAUAUAUUUGGGCUUCCUCUCGGAUUCUUUUUUGGCUUUGUGUUACACUGGGGACUCCAGGGGAUCUGGGCCGGCAUGCUCUGUGGAACUGCGCUACAGACCUGGAUUCUGCUAUAUAUGAUUUGGAAAACUGAUUGGGAAGCUGAGGCUGCUAAAGCAUCUGAGCGCUUACAAUUGUGGGGUGGAGAAGAAAGAUGAAGCGAGCAAAGAAACGAGUCUACUUAGCUGAAAAGUUCUUUGGGGAAAUUGAGCUGAAUUUUUAUGUCCCCUACCAUUAUUAGGUAUAAAUUCAUGUGUUGAGUACAUUACUCGAGGAAAAAGGAUAUGUAAAAUGUAGUUUAAUAAGCCAUAUAUAUGUUGCUUAGGCAAACUUAACUCACGUUCAAUGGAGACCGUACGAAGAGAAACACUGCAGAAAGGAACGAGGUGCUUACUUUCUCCUAUUUAGUAUUUGGGAAAGUUUUCAGUUAAUUUUUUCCCUUUUUUAUAAGUUUAUAAUUGUGCUCAUUUCCAUAGAGAAGAUGAAAACAAAAA